AUGGUGUUCGGCAUUCGCAGGCGGCAUGAGGCCGAGAUCGUCGAGUUCGAGGUGGCCGAGACGGCGUCGGAGCGGGAGAUCCUGAGGUCCCUAGGUGUGGCCUCGCUGCAGCAGUUCGAGAAAAUGCACCAUCUGGACCCCAACAUGCCCCUCGACGAGCUGGAGCAGAUCGACGCCGCCAUCCGCGAGGGCAACGCCGAGAAGGGCGUCGAGAUCGAGCACCUGAUCGUCGAGGAUAACUCGCCGUAUCCUGAGGUCCGGUCGACAGUGAGGAACUACGACGUUGAUCUUCCGGCGAACACGAUACGGGCGUGGGUCAUUGGCCUGAUUCUGUGCACGAUAGGAUCUGGUGUCAAUAUGCUGUUCGCCCUGAGGAACCCCAGCGUGGUCGUGACGACCUACGCCGUUCAGCUCGUGGCGUAUCCUCUAGGCCUGGCCUGGGACCUGAUCUUCCCAGACCGGGUAUUCAAGGUGUGCGGGUUCAGCUUCAACUUGAGGCCGGGCAAGUUCAACUUCAAGGAGCACGUCAUCAUAACGGUCAUGUCGAACGCGGCGUAUGGCGGUGGGUCUCUGUAUGCAACCGAUGUGAUUAUUGUCCAGCAGAUCUGGUAUAAGCAGUUCUUUGGCUGGACAUGGCAGAUCUUGUUUGGUAUCACCACCCUCUGCACGGGAUAUGGCCUGGCAGGCCUGUCUCGGAGAUUCCUUGUGUGGCCGGCCUCGAUGAUAUGGCCUGGCGACUUGGUUAACUGUGCUUUGUUUUACACACUUCACGACCACUCGAAAUCCGACCCCGAAUCCGCAUGUGGCUGGCGAAUAGGCCGCUACAAGUGGUUCCUGAUCGUGUUCUGCAGCUCCUUUGUAUGGUACUGGUUCCCGGGCUGGAUAUUCCAGGGCCUUAGCUACUUCUGCUGGGUCACCUGGAUCGCGCCCGAGAACGUUAUCGUCAACCAGCUGUUCGGCGGCGUCUCCGGCUACGGCCUGCUGCCGAUAUCCCUCGACUGGACUGUCAUCUCGGGCUACCUCGGGUCCCCGCUCAUCCCGCCGUUCUACGCCAUCGCGAACACUAUGUUCGGUCUGAUCCUGUUUUUCAUCGUCAUAUCGAUGGGUCUACACUACUCCGGAUACUGGUAUGCGGCGUACUUGCCCGUAAGCAGCUCUCAGUCCUUUGACAACACCGGUCACAUAUAUAACGUGUCGGCGAUUCUCGACAAGAACUUCCACUUCGACGCUGAGAAAUACUUCUCUUACUCGCCCCUUUACCUACCUACGCAGUUUGCCCUGGCUUACGGCCUGGCUUUUGCCACCGUCUCCGCAAUCGUGGUCCAUGUGAUACUGUACCACGGCCGGGAGAUCAAGGCCCAGUUCACGCUUGCCCGGAACCAGGAGGACGACAGCCACAUGCGUAUGAUGAAAAAGUACCGCGACGCUGAAGACUGGUGGUACGCGGCACUGUUUGCAGUCAUGAUCGCGCUCUCCUUCGUGGUCGUCUGCGCCUGGCCGACCGAUUUCCCUUGGUGGGCGCUCAUCGUCUGCCUCCUCAUCCCAAUCGUCUUCACCAUACCUAUAGGCAUUGUGCAGGCCAUCACGAACAUCCAGCUGGGCCUGAACGUCCUCACCGAGUACGUAGUGGGCUAUAUGCUACCCGGAAAGCCUUUGGCGAUGAUGAUGUUUAAAAACUACGGCUACCUGUGCAUGGCGCAGGCGCUGUUCUUCGCGCAGGACAUGAAACUAGGCCACUACAUGAAGGUCCCGCCGCGGACCAUGUUCUUCGCGCAGCUCACGGCGUCGGUGUGGUCCGCCGUCAUCCAGAUCGCGGUGAUGAACUGGGCCCUCGACAACAUCCCGGACGUGUGUGCCGACGACCAGGUGAACCAGUACACGUGCGCGAACGCCAAGGUCUUCUACACCGCGAGCAUUAUCUGGGGCGUCAUUGGCCCGAAGAGGAUGUUCAGCGCCGGCGCCCUGUACUCGUCACUACAGUGGUUCUGGCUUCUGGGCGCUGUUUUGCCAGUGCUGGCGUGGCUAAUGGCCAGGAGGUACCCGAUGAGCAUGUGGCGAUGUGUCCAUGUUCCGCUCAUUUUCGGGGGGUCCGGGUACUUGCCACCAGCAACGGUCUACAUUUAUCUCUGCUGGGGCACAGUUGGGAUCAUAUUCAAUUGGUACAUCAAGCGGCGUAUGAAGGAUUGGUGGCUCCGAUAUAACUACAUUACCUCAGCGGCCCUUGAUACCGGGCUUAUUAUAUCAACCAUAGUUAUUUUCUUCAGCCUUUAUCUAACAGAAACCACGGGGCCCAAAUGGUUCGGCAAUGUACAGGCCUUGUCGACACUGGAUAUGACCGAGACGGCUGUGCAGUCUGUGUUACCACCGGGGCAGACUUUUGGUCCCAGCACGUGGAUAUAG